GCAACCAUUAAGCUGAUACGCUGGGCAUGCUCAUUGGCGUUUUUAUCCGGGGAGUUUAGUCAGUGACGUCAGGCACGAGGCCCUUUCCCGUAUUCAGUCAAAAAGGCCGGUUCUGUUGUCUUCAGUCGGGCACAAAUAUUCCUUGCCAGCAUUUAAAAUGGGAGAUAAGAAGAUAAAACUUGGCUUUGCUGAAAAUUUUGCCCUCAGUGGAGUUGCAGCCGUGAUCUCGAAGACUGCAGCUGCCCCCAUCGAGAGAGUGAAGCUCCUUGUCCAGAACCAGAAUGAGAUGAUUAAAGCCGGUCGGUUGGCUGAGCCUUACAAGGGCGUCAUUGACUGCACCGUGCGCACAUUCAAAACAGAAGGUGUUCUUCCAUUCUGGCGUGGUAACCUUGCCAACUGUCUAAGGUACUUCCCAACACAGGCCUUGAACUUUGCCUUCAAGGAUCAAAUUAAAGCUUUGUUUAAAAGCAGCAAGAAGGAUAGCUAUGGCGUUGGGUUCGCCAAGAACGUCGGCUCUGGAGGAUUGGCUGGUGCGAUGUCUCUCGUCUUUGUCUACUCCCUUGAUUACGCCCGAACGCGGUUGGCAAAUGAUGCCAAAGCGUCUGGUAAAGGAAAGGGCGAAAGGCAGUUCAGUGGUAUGAUCGAUGUGUACCGCCAGACCCUGAAGUCGGAUGGCUUCGUCGGACUCUACAGAGGUUUUGUCAUUUCAUGUGUCGGCAUCGUCGUCUACAGAGGCUGCUACUUCGGCUUCUACGACACAAUCAAGCCCAUCAUGCUGGGUGACAACGCUGGCCUGGCUGCAUCUUUCGCUCUCGGUUACGUCGUCACCAUUAGCUCCGGCCUCGUCUCCUACCCCAUUGACACAAUCCGACGACGAAUGAUGAUGACCUCCGGGGAAGCUGUCAAGUACAAGGGAUCCAUUGACUGCACAAUCCAGAUUCUGAAACACGAAGGUUUCAUGUCUUUAAUGAAGGGAGCUGGCGCCAACAUCCUCAGAGGUGUUGCUGGUGCAGGCGUCUUGGCUGGCUUUGACAAGUUCAAAGAAUACUACUUGAAAUGGAGAGUUUCAAUCGCCAAAUAAGGAUAGUUGCUAUUAGAUACAAAUUGAGCCGGGUGAAAUACUGAGGGUUUUUUUUUUAAAGAAGAGAAGUGUUAAAAGAUGAUCUGUAAUGUAAUAUAAAAAAAAGUGUGGUGUCCUGACUUGUUAAUUUUUUUGACUAUAUUAGCAGAUUUUGAAAAUGUUAUAGGCUGUGUGACUUACUAUUGUUGUACCUUUGCAUUGUUUUGGCCUUUUAUAGAUAACUGUACAACUGGACCAUUAUUAAAAAGAAAAAAAGAUGAACUAUUAAAUGAAAUUUACCGAG